AUGUUUUAGUCCCUAUACAUAUGGAGCAUAUUGUACUAGGCUAGCACCACAUCCACAUCUUCGUUAUCCAUUAGGGACUUGUAAACAAAACAAAGUUAGAGAUGAGUUCCUCCAUAGGGCAAAGCAUAUUAAUGGCACUAACAGUUACAGUUAACAAAUAUGCAUCAUCCAAUAUGCAUUUACAAGCAGUUCAUAAAAAACAAAGGCAAGCAACAAACUCAAACUUAAGCACCAACGCUGGAUUUGGAAGGAGAGGACUCGUCUUAUCCACAGUAAUUGCUGCCACUCAAGUCCCUGACUCUAGGACUCAACUUCUUCAAAAAUAUCUGGAGAAAUCAGAGGAAAACAAGGACAAAAAUGACAAAGAGAGGCUGGAUAGUUAUUACAAGCGUAACUACAAAGAUUACUUUGAAUUCAUAGAAGGGAGUUUGAAGGGAAAGGAUGGGAAACUUUCAGAAGCAGAAAAGGGUAUUCUUGAUUGGCUUCAAACUAACAAGUGAUUUGUAUAUUGCUUUUCGUUAAUUGCAUUCUUUAUACAUUACUUAGGUUCACUAAUCGUAAUUUGGUAAAUGGUAAUCACACACGAAUUUUACAAGUGAUAUAUACUAAUUACAUGUGUUUGUGUGGAACAAAUUUCCAAACUACAAAUUUGAUUGGUGCUGUGGUUGUGUGUUAUAAAUUUGUAAA